CAAAAACAACAACCAAUUGAAAGUUUAAUUGUUACUACAAAAGCUCAUCAGCUCAGUAAAUCAUUAAAACCUUUGCUUCAUAGGAUUUCUAGGCUUUCUACUAUUGUUUUGCUUCAUAAUGGUUUAGGUGUUAUAGAAGAAGUUCUUGGAAGCUGUUUUCCACAUCCCGAAUCUCGACCCAGCUUUAUCUUGGCCAACACCUCUCAUGGUGUUCUCAAGCUCGAUAGCGCUACAACAUCGAUGCCUCAAACUCUUGCACUCUCCUCCGAGUCCAAUCCUCUUAUGAACCCAUCCCUUUCUAUUACUCCUACACUCGAUCAUCAUCUACCUCACCUUAAACCCGAGACUCAUUCUCUUCAUCACACUCUUGCUGCCCUACUUCAACCAGAAAUCGUAGAAGCUCUCGGUACCAAAUGGCUUACGCUUCCUGAAUUCCAGACCUCGGCUCUGGUGAAACUAACUGUAAACGCCGCUCUGAACCCAAUCACUGCACUCCUAGAGACUCGAAAUGAAGCACUAGUCGGUGAAAGAUCAUUUGAACGAUUAGCCAAAGGGAUCUGUCAUGAAGCUUCAACUGUUUUUGCUUUGCAAGCUAAGGAAGAAAAAGGCUUCCCACUUGAUCAUCCUUUAGCUAAACAGAAUUUACUUCGACACGUACGACAAGUGAUGAAAGCCACAGGACCGAAUAUCUCAUCAAUGUGUGCAGACGUACGUAAAUUAGCUAAUGAACAAACUGAAAUUGAUUAUAUCAAUGGAUAUAUUUCUAAAUUAGGAGAAAAGUAUGGAGUACUUACACCGAUCAAUGAUACAUUGGUUCAACUUUUGAAACUCAAG